GCCCUGAUUCUCAUCUCAAGCUGGAACAUUGCUGAUCGUAAAGAACUAUACCGGAGAUUGUAUCAACGUCGGGAUCGCCAUGGAGAGGGCCAGAGCGGAGGGCAUCCUAGUGGAGAUGGUGGUGGCCAAGGAUGACUGUGCGCUAGCCGGUCAAGAUUUAGAUGACCGCAGAGGCCUUGCAGGGACAGUCUUUAUUCACAAGUUGGCAGGAGGAAUGGCUGAAAGCGGUUUAUCAUUGCAUCAAAUCAAACAAGCUGUUGAAUCGGCCUGCUCUUCAAUGGGGACUGUUGGGGUGUGUCUGUACCCAUGUAGUGUUCCGGGAGCUGGCCCAUCAUUUAGUCUAGGUCCACAGGAAAUAGGACUUGGGCUUGGUAUACAUGGAGAAGCAGGAAUCAAACAAUUACAGAAACAUUAGCUGUUGGAUAAUACUCAAACCUCUCAACCGCCCUUCAUGAUAGUUAUCAAGUGCUACUGAUGUUGUAGCUAUAUUGGACCAGAUGAGAGACUCCACAAAUAACUGUAGGUAGACUGGACUUGAAAUCUGGUGAUGAGGUUGCCCUUAUGAUCAACAACCUAGGCGGUACAUCCAAUCUGGAGAUGGCCAUUGUAGCUCGCUCUGUGUUACAGUACCUCAGUGAUGCAGGAGUCAAGGUAGAGAGGGUUUACUGUGGCUGCUUCAUGACAUCACUAGAGAUGGUCGGCAUCUCUCUUACUAUCCUCAUCCUGGACCGGAGUGGACAGCGAGCCUCGUAUCUUGAUCAGGCGACCUCAGCUCCAGCGUGGCCAUCUGUAUCUCAUCGCCAUGGUAACAUAUCACUUGGUAAAGAACUCCCAGUUUUAGAGCAAGCUUCUUUAGGAUCCACCCCUGUGACAAGAAAAGGAGAGAAAUUGAGUAAUGAGUCCUGUAAGAGAAUUAAGACUGUUUUGAGCAGUGUAUGCUAUCGAUUGAUGGAGAGUGAGAAGCUUUUAAACGAUCUUGACACCAGCAGCGGGGACGGAGACUGUGGAUCCACCCUUAGAAGGGGUGCAGAAGCAAUGAAGACCUGGAUUGAAAGUGAAGAGCUGCUCUCCGUUAGUCAUGUAGCUGGUCACAUGUCUAUAAUUGCUGAGGAAGCCAUGGGAGGAAGCUCAGGGGCUUUCUAUGGGUUGUUCCUGCUAGCAGCUCAACAAGCAUUAGGAUAUGAACCUGGAUUUGGUGUAGAAGCCCUCAGGCAAGGCAUGGACAGAAUUAUGAAGUAUGGCAAAGCAGAGGUUGGGGACAGAACCAUGCUGGAUCCGCUUGACGCAGCAUACAGGAUACUGAAGGAAGGCCACACUAACAACUCAGACUCUAUGAAGACCUUGGAAGAUGCAGUCAAUGCUGCUGAGCAAAGUGCUGAAGCUACAGCUAUGAUGGCCGCCAGAGCUGGCAGAGCAAGAUACGUCAACCCAGACCAGUUAGGACGACCUGAUCCUGGGGCAAUGGCUGUUGCUAUUUGGCUCCGAGCAGCACAUAAUGCAUUGAGAGCUUUGUGAUUAAGCUCCUUCUGUGAUGUGGGUUUUUCAAUAAAAGAGUCAGAAAGCAGAUGGUAAAAUGCUUUAUUCCUUGCUCUAAAGAUUCAAGGAUGCCAGCUUUUUGCAUGAAUUUAGACCUUUUAGGGCAUGACGAACGUUACAAGAUGUCAUAAUUAGUAAGACAAUCACCUUUUGUUGGAAAAUUAUUAGAUCUGACAUUUUGUGAAAAAUUAUCAAAAACAACAAAAUGUGGUAUAUUUUUCGAAAAAUGUGUAUGGCAAAUUCUACCGCCAUACAGCAUGAUUUUCACUGAAUAAGAACUGAAUAAACAUUAUAUUUUUCAAAAAGUAUUUUGUAAUGUCUACAACCAUUUUAAGACCCUCUUCUCAUUUUUAUUGAACUGUAGUUGAAAUUUGACCAUGUUCUUUUUCACAGGAAGCAGACGAUGUAUAUAAGUUAGAUCAAGAUAUAUUUUUUUAAAUGAAUGUACCUACAUGUCAAUGUUUUAUUUCAUGUGCAGAGAAAUGUUAACCUUAUAAAUUCUUUAACAAUGAAACGAGGACGUUCAUCUUAGAAGGGGCAGCCUCAAAAUUUCGGCAGGUGAGGGCGUAAAUUUGUCUUAUCAAUCGGGAUAUUCGUGUGAGGACAUGAUUCUGAGAUGCUUAAGAAAAUCAAUUGAUAAUCCAGCUUAAUCGGCAAUUAGAAUAUGAUUCAUGUUUUCUGAGUAUAAUAAACGGUUCGACGAUUAAUAAAUUGUAUAACAUCCA